CACCGCGCUGAUAGCUUAUCUUUACUGUAUUCAGCAACAAAAGGUUUCGCAGAAGCUGAGUAAUUUGUCCACUUCAAAACUAAAGUUGUAGGAAAAUAACUAAUGGAAAAGCGUCCCGCGUCCACCAUGCAGGUGCUCUAUGGAGAGCUGGCAGCCGCAAAAGCUAAAAGUGCCCAGUUGGAAGAGGAAAACAUAUUACUACGCCAUCGUCUGAAUCGCGCGUCUUCCAGCCACGGCACCAAUGCGGCCAUGCAUGUGGAAGCCAAGAUCAUGGCCUUUCAACUGGAGGAGGAGCGCGAUCGUCUGGUGGAGACGGUGCAGCAGCACAAGAAGAAGUACAACAAACUGCACGACGCCUAUCUGGAGAAGGUGAAACGCUGCCGUGCCCUGGAGGAGAUGUUCAAGCGGCAGAAGACACUCACAGGCUUGGUGAUGAAAUCCUCACUAGAUCAGAGACAUGCAGAGCAACAAAUGAUGUUAGAGAAGCGGCAGUCAGCGCAAAGUGAUCUCAAUGAAUUGCAAGUGCUGAAGGCCAAGGUGGAGAAGCUCCAAAGAGCCCUGGACGAGUCAUAUGACAUAAUCGAUGAAAUGGAUUUCGAACUGGAAAGCGUGGAGCUACUGGAAAUGCAAAACCAAAGUUUGCGCGAUGAGUUGUCUGCCCUAAAAUCAAAUUCAGUGGCAGGAGCCACCAGCCUUGCAGCUUCCGUUCCAAACGAUGAUGAUCCUCCGCCCAAAUACGAGGAAGAUUGUCCCGGGGCUCAUCACAAAGCAAUGCUGGCACGUCGCAACUCUUCCAGCAGUGAAUCCGGACCAAAGGAUGACGAUGCCGAUGCAGAAACCAUGGAGAGAGCUGCUCUAACCCAUAGCCUCAUCGAAACUGUUGAAACGGAGAGCAAUGCCCUGAGAAGAGAACUGUUGAGGUCCCGCUGCCAAAGAACUAUACGUAAGAAGUUGGAAGAAGAAAGUGAAGAUGCCGACUAGGCAAAGUUACAGGUCUCAACCCACUCAAUUAAAUCCCAAUUCAAGCACAAAUAAAAUAACAACCAAUAGAUCAUAAUGAGCAGUACCCAAGCUUAGGCUGAUGAAACCUAUCACUAGUCUUACUGCUUAUUCCGCUGGACUAACCUAGAUUCGUAGCCAGCUACGCCUAACAAGUGCACAUACCAGAGAUUGCUUUUAAGGUUCGACAAACACGCUCUGCGGCUGCGUUAAAUCAAAACUUUUGAGAUAGAGUAACCUGGUUUUUCGGGCUGCGCGCCAAAGGAAACUCGUCUAAUGGCGAUUAAUUAAAAUAUGCGUUAAUGGCAUCGAACGGGUUGUGGCCAGAUAACAAGCCAAAGGAUUUGGCCUCUGAGCCAUAUGAAGGUUCCAACCCCCAACACUUGCCCCUAUUCCAUCUGCCAUUCGAGUGGCGUGCUAUCCAUUAAAACAUGACAAUUAUUUUUAUGACUUAAUGCAGUCGGGGGCCUUGUUGCCCAAUGCCUAAUGUUGCAAAUUAUUGACAAAGUAAAUUAAUCUGCACAUUUGUUGGUCAGACCAGACAAACUAGCGCGACACCUCUAAGAUCACUAAGCUCUCCCACUUGCAGCACAUUUGGGUGAAUAUUGCAGUUGAGCAGUGAGAAAAAAUGC